AGCUUCGACAUGUCGACCACGGGUCCCAUAAGUAAUUAUUAUGUGGACUCCUUGAUCAACCAUGAAAACGAGGAUGUCCUUGCAGCAACUCGGUUUUCGGCGCCCGGCUCGCACCCAGCCGGCCCUCGUCCGACGUCCCUGGUACCGGAGUGUGUUGACUAUCCUUCCUGCAGCUUCGCACCCAAGCCACCCGUCUUCUCCACCUCCUGGGCCCCCGUACACUCCCAGUCAUCAGUGGUUUACCAUCCAUACAGUCACCAACCUCAUUUAGGCACAGACUCGAGGUAUAUGCGGUCAUGGCUGGAGCCGAUAUCCGGUGCCGUGCCUUUCCAUGGAUAUCCGGGGAACAGCAGGCACUAUGGGCUGAAGCCCGACGCCUUUCAGGAGCACAGAGCUGGCGAGUGUCUCGGUUCCAGCGGACGCACCUACACGGAUUAUCUGUACUGCUCAUCCACUGACAUGCGGGACAAGACGCAGCAAAAUAUUCCCUCUCCCGAGUCGGAGCUGCUGGCUUCAGGAAAACAUAAAGACGAGAAACCGGAGCUAGAUCCGAAUAAUCCAGUGGCAAACUGGAUACAUGCUCGCUCGACAAGGAAGAAGCGAUGCCCAUAUACAAAGUACCAGACUCUCGAACUGGAAAAGGAGUUUUUGUUCAAUAUGUACCUUACCAGAGACCGUCGGUACGAGGUCGCUAGGGUCCUGAAUCUGACCGAGAGACAGGUCAAAAUCUGGUUUCAGAACCGGAGAAUGAAGAUGAAGAAAAUGAACAAAGAAAAAACCGACAGCAAAGAACAAUAAUCUUGCCCAGAAAUGGACUACCUGAGUCAGACAACAGCAACCAUAAUAACCACUAGUCACAUGGACAGCACAGAUAUACCAAAACACACAAUGAUCCCUUUCUUCAUAUUUAUCACUUUGUUGGAUUUUGUAUUAACCUUAACUUCAAGACUAUUUGAUGCUGAAUAUAUUAUUUUUCCAGUGCACCUUUCUGUGUCCAGCGCUAGAAAAAAAAAUCAAGUUAUAUGGGGACAACACAUUCUGCAGUUGCUUCGAAAUACAUUUAUGUUUCUUUUGUAAGAGAAAUGAUACAAAUGCAGUUUGGAUACGUUGAAUACUGUCCGAAGAAUAAGAGAGAGAAUACUUGAAUUCUUUUGA